GAAGUAAGUUCAAGUAUAAAAGCACCGAUCAUCUGUUCUGUUUCAACCAAAUACAAACCCAAAACCUUUGAUAUUCAAGAAUCAAAAUCCUUUCUUUCUCUUCCCUAAUUUGGCGUCAACCAAGAAUCAAAAGCAUUAGAAAUCUCUGGUGUUGGAAUUGAGCGUCAUACAUGGCUUAUAUCCCUCCUCACAAGCGGCAUUUGAAGGAUUCGGAUAGGUCGACUCCGACUCCAGAGUCGCUUGCUCCCAGAUUUAAUAGGAAUGUACAGUUAAGGGCUUCAAAGUCUAAUGCUGAUAGGAGUGGAAAGAUCAUAUAUUCGAACUAUGCAAUCUCCAGAUGGUUUGCUGUUGGUUUGGAUGAUGGAAACAUUGACAUUUCUGCUGCUCAUCUGAAGCCAGUUUCAGUUGAAUCUAUCGAGAGAAAAACAGGGGAGAAACCUCUUAUCUUGGUAAAAAAUAAUUCAGAUACAGAUGAAGCAAAAGGGUCCCCGUGGUCAUCUAUUGCAGAAAAUGUUCUGCCGGACAUAUUAUCGUCCUUUGAAAAGGCGAGGGCUGAACUAGAGUGUGCAGAUUCGAAAGAUGUAAAGCUGUCAAUGGUGGCUAGGGUUGGCAAAAUACUUUUUCAGGGGAGCCCUUCUGUGAACUUGGAAAGUGUCGGUAAAGAUUGCAUUAGUGAGACGAUAUUGAGGAAUUUGAGAAAAUCGUUUAACACAAGUGUUCCUGCUUCAUACUCGGAAAACAUUAUAGCUGAAGUUGCCUCAAAUAUUAAAGUUGAUUUUGCAGAUACGAAAGAUGUAUACUACGUGAGGUUGUCUGAUAGCACACAGCCAGCUUCAACGAUUUCCUGCAAAUGUAGAUUAAAAGAUGAUAAAAAACUCCAAAUUUACAAGGUAGAACUAAAUCCGGUGCGUGACAUGGUUAUAGACAUAUCAUGCCUGGAUAUGAAUCUUGAUUUGAGGUUGUUGAUGACCCACAAGAGAAUUUUAACUUCUAUGACUGAAGAUGAGAUGCAAAGCAUUCAAAAUCUGAUUGAUUCGGCAGUCCUAGACCCAGAUGUGAAAGGUGGGUUAAGAUGGCCAUUCGGAAAAGCAUCGAGUGGGAACAGAUACAAUGUUGUUGGUGUAUGGCACACAGUGGCUCGUGCUUAUGAAAACUCAUCCAUAAGACUCAAGGUACGACAUGCUGACCGUUUUGAUUUCAAAACUACACACGGGGAAGCAUCAGAGGAAGUUUCCUUGAAGUUGAAAGGAAUCGUUUCAGGACUGUUGGAGCAGGAUGUUGAAGAAGAUGUGAUCUCGGACAAACUUAAAGACAACUUAAGUUUGAUAUGGCAACACUUCUUGAGCUGUGAACCUUUUCUAACAUAAAAGAAUCAUUAUGAUGAUCUUCCUCUCUUCACUUAAAUGCUCACUUUCACUCAGCUGUGUUGUUUCUGGAUUUUGUUGAAAAACGAUAGUUAUAGUUUGAUCAUGGCAAGCAUCAACUAGUGAUAUGCCACAGUGUGCAUAUAUAUACUGUUUUUAAGUAUUGUGGAAAUGUAAUGGUCUGGUUUUGCUUUCUUCCUUGUUGCAACCCUUACAAUUGCUCCAUAUAUUGUUUCACUUUCAUUUUC